AUGCAAGAUGGUAGACAUGAAGAAUGGGUUUUAUUUCGUCAUGGUUCAUUGUACAUUCAAACAAUGCCGAAUAAUGAAGAAACAUCACACGAUGAAUUAAUCAAUAAAGCUAAAAAUAGUUUAUCACAAGUUAUUGUUGGUCCUGGAAGUCCCUAUGGUGAUACAACUGUUUGUAGAUUUAAUUAUGAAAAUGCUCAAAUGUAUUACAGUUAUAUAGGAACAUUUGAUGGAAUAACUAUGAUUCAUCCAUCUGAACAAGUUAAGAAUGAUAUGAUCGUAAUAAGUCUUGCACGAAGAAAUAUACUUAAUGAUAAACAAAAUCCAAUUGUUGUUACAACUGGUAAUACUAAACAAACUUGA